CAUUCCCCAUUUUCUAAUAUUACGAGCUUUGCGAAACCGCUUAACCGAUCCAAACUGGAAAAAACUCAUCCCCAAACCGUUCGAUAAAAUUCCCACCUAUCCCUCAGCUCGAUGAAAUAUCAGAGAUGGCUCGGCCGAAUCAAACAACGCGCCCAACUUGAAGCGUCAAUAAAAUUCUGCGGUUUCCGUUUGGUCUUUAGGCCCGCUUGAUUUCAUGCGUUUAUUUCGGACAUCGUCACUAUUUUUAAAAGUAAAACAUCCAAUACUUGAGUUAUUUAUGCUAACCCACUUUGAGUUUCAGUAAUACGGAAUAUAGGAGGCUCUGGAGCCAGUUCGUUGCAGUUUGGGAAAGCGACAGCUACUUGAUUUUCGCGCACGGUGUUUAAAAUGUCGGUUUCCUGAAGGCCCCCUGUUUGAACUUUGUUAUUUCGUUGUGUUGUUUGGGUAGUGCAAAAUGCCGCUUUUCCAGAAGAAAAGACCUAGGUCCAAAUCCUUGACGAGGAAGGAGAUUUCCCUGGCAAGGCUAGAGAAUUUCAGAAAGGAAGUUAUCACAGAUUACCACACUGUGCCUCUCGGCGAACUUUGCAGAAGACUGAACACAGACAGAGAAAAUGGACUCACCGUAACACAAGCCGCUGAUGUUCUCCAAAAAACUGGCCCUAACAUGCUUACUCCAUCUCAUAAGACUCCAGAAUAUAUCAAAUUCAUCAGAACAAUAACACAUGGAUUCUCGCUUUUGCUAUGGAUAGGAGCUUUCCUCUGCUUUGCGGCAUUUACUAUACGAAAGCUCACAACACAUGAAUUCGACACGGACAACUUGAUUCUAGGAUGUGUGCUAGUCAUUGUGGUUGUGGUAACUGGUAUUUUCAUGUACUGUCAAGAGCAUAAAAGUCAAAAGAUUAUGGAAUCCUUUGCCAACAUGGUCCCACCAAAAGCCACUGUCAUUAGAGGUGGUGAAACAAUGACCAUAGUAUCGAAAGAGAUAGUGGUAGGAGAUUUGGUGGACAUGAAAUUCGGUGAUCGGAUACCAGCCGAUGUGAGGAUUAUCCAGAGUCAAGGAUUCAAGGUUGACAACGCCGCCUUAACAGGAGAAUCUGAACCUCAAUAUCGUGGGACGGAAUGCACCAGUGACGAUUUGUUAGAGACAAAAAAUUUUGCGUUCUUCUCUACCAAUGCUGUUGAAGGCACAGCUAAGGGUAUUGUUGUUGCUUGUGGUGACAACACAGUAAUGGGUCGCAUCGCCGGUCUUACUGCUAGGUUACAACCCAACAAAACACCAAUUGCAAAAGAACUGGAGCACUUCAUGAAGAUCAUCAGUUGUUGGGCAUGUCUUUUAGGUUUUGUUUUUGGAGGGGCUGCCUUAGCCAUGAACUAUUCAUGGAUCGAGGCAUCUCUCUUCCUCAUAGGAAUAAUUGUAGCUAAUGUACCUGAAGGUUUGUUGGCAACUGUGACUGUAUGUCUGUCUGUUACUGCGAAGAGGAUGGCAGGAAGAAAUUGCCUAGUGAAAAACCUGGAAGCAGUUGAGACUCUUGGAUCUACCUCUGUUAUUUGUUCGGACAAAACGGGAACAUUAACACAAAACAAAAUGACGGUUUGUCAUUUUUGGUGUGACAAUGCCACUACUAACGCCGAUGUUAGUGUACAACAAAACGCGGCCCAGAACUAUAAGAAGGGUGAAGCGUUCAACCUUCUCAUGAGAUGCGCCACCCUUUGCAAUAGAGCGGAAUUCGUUAAUGGUCAGGAUGGUGAACCUAUAGCUUCGAGGACUGUUAGAGGUGACGCAUCUGAGGAAGCCAUAUUGAAGUUCGUGGAGCUUUCUCAUAUUCAUGGGUCACCAACGGAGUUCAGGAAGAAGCACCGAAAGCUCUUGGAAAUACCAUUCAGUUCAACUACCAAGUAUCAGUUAAGCAUCCACGAAAUGGAAGGCAGAUGCCUCAUAGCAAUGAAAGGUGCACCAGAAAGAAUUCUGGCAAGAUGCUCCAAGAUAUUCAUCGACGGAACUACAAAAGAUAUGACCGACGAAUACAGAAUGAGGUGCGAAGAGGCCUGUGUGAAACUAGCGGAAAAAGGAGAACGUGUCUUGGGUUUCUGCGAUCUUCUGUUGGAGGAAAAAUUCACAACGGACUUCAAGUUUUGCGCUGAGCCCGCCAACUUUCCAAGAAAAAACCUACGCUUUGUGGGAUUGAUGGCCCUCAGAGAUCCCCCUAGACCGCAAGUACCUGAAGCUGUGAAUAGGUGUAGGAUGGCCGGAAUAAGGGUUAUCAUGGUUACCGGCGAUCAUCCUAUUACUGCGAAAGCCAUAGCAAAAGAAGUGGGAAUCAUCAAAAGCAAGGAAUCACUGGAUGUGUUAAAUGUUGGAGUGGUGGAAACAAUUCCUCCACAACUCAAAGAUACUGCAAUAGUUAUUCAUGGUACGGCGCUGAGGGAUAUGACGAACCAAGAAUUGGACCACAUCUUACGCCACUUUCAGGAAAUUGUAUUUGCCAGAACUUCCCCCACGCAGAAGCUACAGAUCGUUGAGGGUUUUCAAAGAUUGAAAAAGAUCGUUGCAGUAACUGGAGAUGGUGUAAACGAUUCUCCCGCUCUAAAGAAAGCUGACAUAGGUAUCGCCAUGGGCAUCAGCGGUUCGGAGGUGUCCAAGCAAUCCGCUGAUAUGAUCCUCCUGGAUGAUAACUUUGCCUCUAUAAUAACAGGGGUGGAGGAAGGUCGAAGGAUUUUUGACAAUUUGAAGAAGUCCAUCGCUUACACGCUUGCUUCAAAUGUUCCCGAAAUUUUACCGUUCUUAGCAUUCGUUAUUCUCAACAUUCCACUACCGUUAGGUGUCAUGGCCAUCCUCUGCAUAGAUCUUCUUACCGAUAUGUUACCAGCUAUAAGUUUAGCUUAUGAAGACGCAGAAAGUGACAUUAUGUCUCGACCGCCUCGAGAUCCAGAAGAAGAUAAAUUGGUCACGCCAAAAUUGUACUUCCUCGCUUAUGGUCAUAUUGGAAUGGUGGAGGCUGCUUGUGGAUUCUUCGUUUACUUCAUGAUAAUGGCGGAGCAUGGAUUCAGGCCAGCAGAUCUCUUCAAUCUAAGGGAGGAAUGGGAUUCUUCACAUAUAAAUGAUCUUAUGGAUUCUUAUGGUCAAGAAUGGUCUUUUGAAAGCAGGAAAACACUACAAUAUACAUGUUAUACAGCUUUCAUGAUCUCGGUGGUAGUAACCCAAUGGGCGGAUCUUUUGGUGUGCAAAACUAGGAUAAACUCAAUAGUUGAGCAAGGUAUGGGUAAUGUUAUACUGAACGUCAGUCUGGUAGUGGAAACAGUUGUUGCAUGUAUGUUAUCCUAUAUGCCAUUAAUGAAUUACUUGAAAUUUUACCCUGUUAUGUUGAGAUGGUGGUUAUACUGUAUACCAUUUGCCAUUUUCAUUGUUAUAUUUGAUGAAUUCAGAAAAUGGCGCAUGAGAAGGAAUCCCACUGGAUACUUCCAUCAAACCACAUAUUACUGAGAAAUUUAGUAGAGAAUUCAAUUUAAAACUAUGGAAUUGUGUGUUUUAUUACAUAUAUAGAUGCAGCUGGAAGAAAAACGUGAAAUGAAAAGCUUAAGCAAUGAUAAACUUCAGAUAUCACAACUACAAAUAGAAACAUCACAGAAGCAAAUGAAUAUUUUAUAUCAAAUAGAAACUAUGGACAAAAAUGAAUAUUUAUUCACAGGAUAACAAAUUACUAGUAUGUUUAUAUUACAAUAAAACUAUAAAAUUAA